AUGAGGAUCAAUACGAUCAAGGCAGUCUUGUUCCUCGCGAAUACUGCCCUGGUGGCCGCCUGGAACCAUGUCGACGAGGCCGGCUUCAUAAGGGCAGUCGGAGGACAUAAUCUGGCACUUGUCGCUUUUGUCGAGCCCUCAAGUGCCGCAAGUCAAGCACUCGAAUCCGAAUGGGAAAAGAUAUCCGAAUCCGAAAAGACUCUUUCAAGCAUUGACUGCAGUUCUCUGGCUCAGCUCUGCAAAGACUACGAAAUAAUAUCAUAUCCGACCAUUAGAUUCUUUGAUGGGCAUGGGACCAUUACGCCAUAUCGAGGUCCGAGGACUUCCCAAUCCAUCAUAUCGUUCUUGAGAAGAGCGGCGCGACCGACGUUGACGCAACUUGACGAGAAGACGAUUACGGCCUUUCAAUCCAUUGACGACGCCGUCAUCGUGGCACACAUCAAUCCGCGAGACGACCACAUUCAAACCCUGUACAAAUCUCUGGCCUAUCGCUAUCAUGAUCGCGCAUCGUUUGGGCUGCUGGAGACGGACGAAACCAGCACCAUUGUGUGCUACAACAACAAGGACAAUGAGCAGUCGACAACCUCGGACCUGUCGGCCAUUGAUACGCUCUCUUCAUUUGUCGAAGCCUGCAUUAGGCCCUUGGUCGGGGAGUUUUCGAGAAGGACAGAGGUCAAGUACGCUCAGUCUGGCAAGUCCCUGGUCUACUUUCUAGCCGAGACACGAGAGGAGCGCGAAGAAUACGUCGAAAUCAUCCGGCCCGUGGCGAAAAAGUAUCGCGACUUCAUCUCCUUUGUCACCGUCGACGCACUCGAAUACGCCCCCAUGACCAAGGUCCUCGGCCUGCCCGGCCGCUCGUUCCCCGCGCUGGCGGUUGAGAAUCCCGCCCGCGGCCAAAUUUUUCCCUUUACAGAGGACGAAAUCACGGCCGAGCUCGUCGACGAGUUCAUCGUGGAUAUUGCCGGAGGCAAGGUGAAGCCCUGGGCGCCGUUGCCGAUUCCCGAUCCCGUCAGCCAUGCACAUGAUGAGUUGUAG